CAGAUUUUUUUUUUUUUGGUGAAGUUUCAAAUUGAUGCUCAGAAACUCUGUUCCAAAAAAAACUUUCUUUUUAGCAUCUCAAAUUCAACAGCUUCAUCCAACUCUCUCCUCCUUCGCUUGUUCAGCUCCUCGUAUAUUCAAAACCUUCAAAGCGCUCUCUGUUGCAUAAUCAAACCUUAAACCACAACCACCGUCGACAUGCUGCCCCUUUCUCUUCUGAAGACUGCCCAAGGUCACCCAAUGUUGGUGGAGCUGAAAAAUGGAGAGACUUACAACGGGCAUUUGGUGAAUUGUGAUACAUGGAUGAACAUCCAUCUAAGAGAAGUCAUUUGUACCUCUAAAGACGGAGAUAGAUUUUGGCGAAUGCCGGAAUGCUACAUUCGUGGAAACACAAUCAAGUAUCUUCGAGUUCCUGAUGAGGUUAUUGACAAAGUUCAGGAAGAAACCAAGAGCCGUGGAGAUCGCAAACCGCCUGGUGUUGGACGUGGAAGGGGAAGGGGGAGAGAGGAUGGUCCUGGUGGACGGCCAGCAAAAGGAAUGGGCCGUGGCCUUGACGAAGGUGGAGCUAAAGGGCCAGGAGGAGGCCGAGGCAGGGGGGGCCCAGGUGGAAAGCCUGGUGGUAACAGAGGUGCAGGGAGAGGUAGAGGUUGAUACAACUGUUACAUGGAACUACUUCAUAUGGUCCAGUUGCUAGUUUUAGAGGCAUCGGAUCCCUGCUCAACAGAUUGCUGUUUGUGAUUCCCUUGCAUUCUUGGUGUAGGUUUCCAGUGUUUUUUGUUCUUGCAUUUAGAGUCGCAAAAAUGCAGAUAUUACAACUCACCAAAGUGAUGAUGGUGAUAAUGUUAAUUGUUGAAAUAGAAUACAUCCACCCCCAUCAUUCAUAUGCUUAGAAAUGCUCCUUCCGAUUGUACACUAAAUGUUUGGGUGGUCCAACUUAAAUUGUUUGUUCUAGUGAUUUUGAGGCAUGGUAUGGAUAAGUUCUUGAAUUGA